UUUCACGACUCCAAUUAAAAUUCAAGAUCACGUUUAUCAUCAUCAUCAAUAAUUCAAUCAGAUUCAUAUCACGUUCUUUAAAUCGUUCCGUUGUCGCAUCCUGUUGUUUGAUCAGAUUUGAUUUGUCAUCAUAUUCGACUCUUGGAUUGCGAAUCGAUUUUACAUUUGGGUUGAUCGUGAAUAUCAAUAAAAAAAAUGUCAUGAGAAAUUCUCAUGAACACGAUAAAGAUGGUAAUGAAUUUGUUUGAAUCGGGUGUUUGAUCUGAAAAAGUUAAGACGUGGGAGUAUUAUUGUAGAUUGCCUCUUUUAACUAAAGCAGGAGCGAGGAAAGGGCAAAGUGGCAAAAAGAAAAACGAAGUCGUUAGCUGUUUCGUUGUCCAUGUUUCUCUAUGCGAGAAAACAAGACCGUGUCGGAGAAAGGAACCGGAAACUGAGAUACCGACCGGAAAAUCGGGAUAGAAAACGUAAAGAAAACACGAUUCGAUAAUCGUAGGGGACAAAGAGAAAGAGAAAGGAAAGGUUGGCGGAGGUUUGUUUGUUUUGAAUAAUUUUGGCCUCUGCAACUUUCCCCAAAUGAUGUUACGCUAUCGUGGUCAUCAUCCCCCUUCUCUCCAUUUCCACUUUGUUGUUAUCGACAGGAGAAAGGUUUGAAUACGUGCAUGCAGACUUGGAAAUGUUUUCAAAAGCAUUAGAUCUUUGUACAUUGUCCAGAUUUCCGAAUAGUGUUGGGAUGGUUUUUUGGCAACCAUACUGCUUUAAACAAGGAAUAUUUGGGGUUUUCUGCCCUACGUUUUCGUUUUGGUUUUGAUUGUACCCUGGGAUGGCUGCUCCAUCCAAAGUAGUGGUUGGAUCUCAAGUCUGGCUGGAGGAUCCUGAGGUAGUUUGGAUAGAUGGUGAUGUUUUGGAAAUCGAUGGUGAUAAUAUUAAAGUUAAAUGUUCAACAGGAAAAGAAGUAGUAAUCAAUGCAAACAGUGUUCUUGCAAAAGAUCCUGAGUUUCCUGCAGGUGGAGUGGAUGAUAUGACAAGGCUUACUUAUUUACAUGAACCGGGGGUUCUACAAAAUUUGAAAAGUCGAUAUGAUGCGGAUGACAUUUAUACAUACACAGGAAAUAUAUUAAUAGCUGUGAACCCUUUCAAAAGAUUACCUGAUUUAUAUACCAAAGAGAUAAUGACACAGUACAAAGGUGCAUCAUUUGGGGAAUUGAGUCCACAUCCUUAUGCUAUUGCACAUGCUGCAUACAGGCAGAUGGUGAACGAGAGAAUAAGCCAGUCAAUUCUUGUUAGUGGAGAAAGUGGAGCUGGUAAAACAGAAAGCACAAAGAAUCUUAUGCAGUAUCUUGCUUUUAUGGGAGGUCGCCCUUCAUCUGAGGGGCACCGGAGUGUCGAGCAGCAAGUUCUAGAAUCUAAUCCGGUUUUAGAAGCAUUUGGCAAUGCAAAGACACUGAGAAACAAUAAUUCAAGUCGUUUUGGUAAGUUCGUUGAGAUCCAGUUUAAUGACAGUGGAAGAAUCUCUGGAGCUGCUAUCCGAACUUAUUUACUGGAAAGAUCACGUGUCUGCCAAGUUUCUGAUCCUGAGAGAAAUUAUCAUUGUUUUUACAUGUUGUGUGCUGCACCACCCGGGGAGUCUGAAAAGUACAAAGUUGGAAAUCCAAGGACAUUUCAUUAUCUUAAUCAAUCAAAUUUUUACGAAUUGAGUGGAGUGGAUGAGUCCCAAGAGUACCUUGAAACUAGGAAGGCUAUGGAUGUUGUUGGGAUUAAUUCGGAAGAGCAGGAUGCUAUAUUUCGUGUUGUUGCUGCAAUUCUUCAUUUAGGUAACAUUGAAUUCGGUAAAGGAAGUGAGCCAGAUUCCUCCCAACCCAAGGAUGAUAAAUCUAAUUUCCAUCUAACAACUGCAGCUGAGCUAUUCGAGUGUGAUAGGACAGCUCUUGAGGAUUCUUUUUGCACACGUGUCAUUGUGACUCGUGGUGAAAGCAUAAAGAAGUGUCUUGAUCCAACGGCUGCAACAAUCAGUAGAGAUGCAUUUGCCAAAAUAGUAUACUCAAAAUUAUUUGAUUGGCUUGUGAACAAGAUUAAUAAUACGAUAGGCCAAGAUUCAGACUCAAAGUUCUUCAUUGGGGUUCUGGAUAUUUAUGGAUUUGAGAGUUUCAAGACAAACAGUUUUGAGCAGUUUUGCAUUAAUCUAACUAAUGAGAAACUUCAGCAACAUUUUAAUCAGCAUGUUUUCAAGAUGGAACAAGAAGAAUAUACGAAGGAGGAAAUAGACUGGAGUUACAUACAGUUUGAGGAUAAUCAAGACAUUUUAGAUCUGAUUGAAAAGAAACCUGGUGGAGUGCUUGCUCUUCUGGAUGAGGCUUGCAUGUUUCCAAGAGCUACACAUGAAACAUUUGCAGAAAAGCUUUAUCAGACAUUCAGUAGCCAUAAACGUUUUAGCAAGCCAAAGCUGGCAAAAACAGAUUUCACCAUUUGUCAUUAUGCUGGUGAUGUGACGUAUCAAAGUGAGUUUUUCUUGGAUAAGAACAAGGACUAUGUUGUUGCAGAGCAUCAAGCACUCUUAAAUGCUUCAACGUGCCCAUUUGUAGCAAACUUAUUCCCACCAACGCCAGAGGAUUCAUCUAAAUCAUCAAAGUUCUCAUCAAUAGGUUUAAAGUUCAAGCAACAACUACAAGCUUUGCUUGAGACACUCAGUCAUACAGAACCGCAUUAUGUUCGUUGUGUCAAACCCAAUAGCCUUUUGAAGCCUGAUAUCUUUGAGAAUCCGAAUAUACUUCAACAACUUCGAUGUGGGGGUGUUAUGGAGGCAAUCAGAAUCAGUUGUGCAGGGUUUCCUACUCGUAAACCUUACGCUGAAUUUGUAGAACGCUUCAAAAUCCUCGCACCUGACGCCGUAGCAAAAUUGAGCGAUGAUAUCGCACGUUCGAAGAUGCUAUUAGCAAAGGCAAAACUUGAAGGUUAUCAGAUAGGUAAAACAAAAGUUUUUCUGAGAGCUGGUCAGAUGGCAGAGCUAGAUGCUUUCAGAACUCAGGUUUUAGGAAUAUCUGCAACAAAACUCCAGUCAAAAUAUCGGUCACAUUCAGAACACGGGAAGUAUGUUAUGUUACAACAAGCAGUUGUUCCUGUACAGACUAUCUGUAGAGGGCAAAUUGCACGUAAACGGUUUGAACACCUAAAGAGAGUAGCUGCAUGCGUAGUCAUCCAGAAAAACGCACGUAUGUUUCUGAAACUAAAAUGUUACAGAGCUGUAUAUGAUUUGGCCACUAGACUCCAGGCUAGUAUCCGUGGGAAGGCUGCAAACAAUAAGUAUCUUUCCCAGAAACAAACAGAUGCAGCAGUUGUACUCCAGAGUAUAUGCCGACAUGAUUUAGCCCACAAUCAUUUUGUCAAAACAAGGAAUGCAGCAAUAGUCACUCAGUCUGUUUGUAGAAAAAAUUUAGCACAUGCAGAAAUAACCAAGCUUAGAAAGGCUGCCAAGUCAAGUGUUGCUCUGGAAGCCAAAAAUAAAACGAAUGAAGAGAUGCAAGAACUGAUCUCCCAACUGGAGGCAAAAGAUAAAGAAAUUGCAAAACUAGAAUCUUAUAUAAAAGAGAUCACAGAGUAUCCCAUAAAGGAAGAGGGUGCUUCAGAGAUAGAAAAAGGACAGCUUCCUCGACUUGAAGACAUUCCUAUUACUGGCAAUGAGACAGUUGAUAAGCUUACCGCUGAAAAUGUCAGACUCAAGUACAUGGCUAGUGCCCUGCAAAAGAAAUUUGAUGAGGCCCACAAGCUGUGUGAAGAGAGGUCACAGCAAGCUAGGGAUGCAGAGGCAAUGGUAAUCGAGCUCAAGACCUCCAUGCAAAGCCUUCAAGAAAAAGUUUGUGACCUGGAGGAGGAGGAAUUUAUUCUGCGCCAGCAAGCCAUGAUGAAGUCAGGUUCUUUGAUGGUUAAGGAUGAAGAAAAUGGUCUACAUGGAAGUCCAAUGACUCCUGGACGUAUGAAGAAAUUCAACAGCAGUUUGAGGCGUUCUGCCAAUGAAAAGCAUAAUGAGAAUGUUGAUGCUCUUAUUUCGGCUGUUAGACAAGAGAUGGGUUUCAGUCAAGGAAAACCAAUUGCCACUUUAAUAAUAUACAAAAGCCUUUUACACUGGAAAACUUUUGAAGCUGAAAAAACAAGUGUAUUUGAUCGUCUUAUUCAGAUGAUCGGUUCCGCCAUUGAGAAAGAGCAUGACAAUAAACAUUUGGCAUAUUGGCUGUCUACCACAUCUACAUUGCUAUUUUUGCUUCACAAGAGUUUAAGCCCUUCUCAUGCUAAAGCACAUUCACCAUCAUUAUUUGGAAGGAUGACUCAGGGAUUUAAAUCAUCUUUCAAUGACAUAGUGCGCCACGUAGAGGCCAAGUACCCUGCUUUGCUUUUUAAGCAACAACUAACUGCUUAUGUUGAAAAAAUAUAUGCAAUUAUGCGUGACAAUUUGAAGAAGGAGUUGGCACCCGUUCUUACUAAUUGUAUUCAGGCACCAAAGACCACAACAAACGGGCCUCCUCCAUCUAGUCACUGGCUAAUUGUUAUUCAGUGCCUAAAUAUCAUGCUCGAUAUAUAUAAAAGUUACAAUGUCCCAUCAGUCCUCGUUCAGAAGAUGUUCACUGAAGCUUUCUCUUACAUCAAUGCACAGAUUUUCAACAGCCUUUGCACACAACCAGAGUGUUGCACCUUCAGAAAUGGUGAAUAUGUGAAAGGAGGGUUAGGUCAGUUAGAGCAAUGGUGUACUCAGAUCACAGCAGAGUAUGUAGGUUCAUCAAUGGAUGAACUUCAGCACACAAAGCAAGCAAUUGGAUUUCUGAUUAUACCACAGAAGCCUAAAAUUGGAUACGAUGAACUCACAACUAAGCUGUGCCCAGUUCUAAGUGUUCAACAACAUCAUAGACUUUGCACCUUCUAUGUGGAUGAUCACAAUACUGGAGGUGUAUCCCAAGAAGUUAUUCAUAACUUAAACGUGUUAUUGAAAUCUGAAGGUGAUACUCAUAGUAAUGCUUAUUUGCUGGAUGACAAUUCUAGUGUUCCAUUUUCAACCGAUGACAUUAACCAUUGCCUCCAUGAGAAAGACUUUUCAGAUAUGAAACCAAGUGGUGAACUCCUUGAAAAUCCAGCUUUCCAAUUUUUACUGGAGUAGGGUGUGGUUAUUUUUGCAUAUCAAAAACCACAUUGUACAUUUUUUUUUUAUUUCUAGAUUUAGCUUAGGCUACUCAUUAUUUUAGUAGGAUCGAGUGUAAAGCAUUAUGUUAGGUUAGACGUGUAAAAUUCAUAGGUUAUUUUAGGUAAAAAUAUAGCAACGCAGGGAAUCUUCAAUGUGUAAUGUAUGUCUCUCCCAGCUCUACUUUGUAUAAUAGGAACCUUCCAAUAGCGGAAGAGUUGUUGACGAUCCUAUAUAUAUUGUGUUUGCGUAUCAUCUGUUCAAAUAAA